CAAUCUUUCAAAUCAACACUCAUUACAACCAUGAACUCCAUCGAGAUCAAGAGCGUCCGUUCUGAAGAUUCUUCUUCUUCCACCAGUCACGUUGAGCUGAUUGCGGCUCCUGUCCAGCCUGAUCCUACUGAAACGGCUCCUCCCGAAGCUCCUCUUCCCGAGGAACCUCCCUUCGGGCCUGUAGCGGACUUUACAAUGAGUUCCAACAAUUCUACUCCAACAGGUACACAGCUCCAAGCCAGAGAAAACGAGGGAACCUUUCUCCAAAGAGAAUGGCAAACCAUCUUUCGCGUCGGAAUAGUCCUUCUCUCCAUCGCGUCCGGCUGUCUCGGGGGCUUCCUCCGCCACGACGCGAACCUGGGCCUGGGAAUAGGCGCAGGUGUGCUCGCCGGCUUGCUCGUCCUCUUCGAGGUUCUGAAGCACAAACUUCGUCGCGCGCGACAGAGACUGGUCAGCCAGUCCUGGUGGCCCACCUCCUCUAACUGUUAA